GGCCGUCAGCUGGAGGCACGGCGACCGCCUGAACUUCUCCUUCGCUCCGGUCGUCGCUUCGCAUUCAACCCGCAGCAUGGCUCUUCCUCCCCCGAUUUAACCUAAGGAGGGACCAUGGAUCAGCCUGGUCCUGCUUCAGACGCUCACAUCAUGGAAGGAUUAGAGAACGAAUGUGUGUCUGAGGGAUCUCCCCCUGUGGAUCAGCUCAACAACGGCACAACCAACGUAGAAAAUGAGGAGCAAAUAAAUCACAACGGUGCAGAUGAUUCAGAAAUGUACAGUCAGGCAGAAGACGAAGCACAGACUGAAAGGGAAUUAAUCAAGAGCACUACAUAUGUUGAGACUGACACAAAGACAGAGGUGGAAACUCUACCUUGCAGUCAGGAACAAUCUGAGGGGAGUGAGACAUAUGCUGACACUGGUUGUCAUAACAUUACAGAUUCUAUGGAAGAAGGGAUAUCUUUAUUUUCAGAUGAGACUGGUGGAGCGUUGGUUGCCCUCGGCACCUCUUUAGACAAUGUGGUAGAAAACCCUCCCCCAGUUCUUGAAGGCAUAACAGAAACCUUAUUGACUUUUGAUGAAGCUGACGUCCUUCAAGCCACAACUCAGAACUGCAAAGAGCAGCCAUCAGUCGUGGUUACAAAUUGCUCCAGUGAGCCAUCGCCUGCUGAUGAGGAUGAUGGUUCAGCCGAGAGUCCAUCACCCUCUUCUGUCCAAAGCACUUCCAAAAGCUCCCCUACUGACUCCGCUACCACAUCUGGGAUCUCAAAUGGCCCCUCAACCCCCAGUUCAGACACAGUCAGCUCAUCACUUGCUUCCAGUCCGCAAACCAGUGCCAACACCUCAGCGCCCUCGUCGAGCCCGUAUGACACCGAUUGCAGCCGGAAGCUUAUUUCCCAAAUCCAGCGUUCGCUGUCACAGGAGUCACUGCUGGAUGAGCUGGAGUCCGAGCUUUUGGAUUGUCAGCUGCCUGAGGGUGAAAGUGGAAGCAAGAGAAAGGGCAGCUCACCUGUCAAUGGGCUCCCCACAGACCAGGAGGACUGCAUGAUGGUCUUUGAGAAGUGUAUCCAGUACAAGUAUGCACAACAGGAGAAAGCUAUUAAGAGGCUGCUUGAGGACAACAAAAGACAUCAAGAGCUGAUCCUGGGUAUCUGUUCAGAGAAGGACAACAUGAAGGAAGAGCUGAAAAAGAGGGCGGAGACAGAAAAGCAACACAUGGCCAUCAUUAAAAAGUUGGAAGGCAGGGUGGAGGAGCUACUCAGAGAACUGAAGGAGUCACGGGAGAAACUCAUUCACCAGGACCAGGCUGCUAAGGCUGCCCUCCAGCAGAUGCAGAAGGAGAUGGCCUACCGACUAGAACAGACGAACAGGAAAUGCGAUGAGGCACGUCAAGAGAAGGAGACCAUGGUGAUGAAAUAUGUGCGGGGGGAGAAAGAGGCCCUGGACCUGAGACGGGAUAAGGAGAGUUUGGAGAAGAGGCUGAGGGAGGCCACCAAGGAGGUGGACCGCCAGGCGCUCCGGGGAAACCAGCUGGCUCAGGACAAAGGCCGGCUGCAGCAGCUGUAUGAUGCAAAGGAAGGAGAAGUCGGCAGGGUGACUCGAGAGGUGGAAAAGUUGAAGGAGGAGAUCAACUCCCAUCUUAUCAAGGUCAAAUGGGCCCAGAACAAAUUAAAGAGUGAGGCGGAUGCACACAAGGAAACGAAAGACAAACUAAGAGAGACCACGUCAAAGUUGGCUCAGGCCAAAGAGGAGACCGAACAGAUCCGCAAGAACUGCCAGGACAUGAUCCGAACCUACCAGGAAUCGGAGGAGCUCAAGUCCAACGAACUGGAUGCUAAACUAAGAGCGACCAAGGGAGAGCUGGAGAAACACAGGCAGGAACAAACAGACCAAUUAGAGGUACACAGAGUGAAGGCCAAAGAGCUGGACGACCUGAAGAGGAGUUACAAAGAGGGCAUGGAUGAGCUCACGACUUUACGCACCAAGUUAAAAUGUUUAGAGGACGAGCGUCCGCGCUGGGAGGACGAGCUGAGCAAGUACAGGGAGAUCAUCAACCGGCAGAAAGCAGAGCUCGGCCGCCAGAAAGAGAAGAUGGACGAGAUCGCUGCUCUCCAGGACCAGCAGCAACGAGACAAACAGGAGAUCACGUCUCUGCGUGAAGAAGUGGAAAGCCUCACCAGCCAGAUGACUGACCUCCAGCGCGAUGUGCAAGGCAGCAGGGAGCGCGAGGCGGAGCUACUGGGCUUCACCGAGAAACUGAGCAGCAAGAACGCCCAGCUCCAGUCAGAGAGCAACGCACUGCAGUGUCAGCUGGACCAGCUCACCAGCAGCUUCACAGAGCUCCAAGCACAGCUGGAGGAGACCAGAAGGCUGCUCGAUGACAAGUCGCGGCAGCUGAAACAGGAGGAGUCGCUGCGGCAGCAGGAGGUGCAGGGCCUGCAGGAGGAGCGGACAGCGCUGCAGGCCGAGGUGUCCCGGCUAAAAACCAGAGUCGAUGAGCUCAGAGACGAGCUGGUGACACAGAAAAGGAAACAAACUGCCAGCAUAAAGGACCUGACAAAACAACUAACACAAGCCCAUAAGAGAAUGGAGCAGGUAGAGAACGGACGCUGCGACAGGGAUGCCGGCAGUAUGGGCAGUCGCUCUAGUUCCUCAGGUACUGCUCCUGGAUUUGGCUCUUUGAACGCACGUCACGGGGGGAGCGGUAGCGUCGAAGAGCGGUCGCCAGAGAGCCAGUCGGGUCCUUCAGUUGUGGUCGUGGACAGCUUCCCAGAGGUGGACAAGGCGGUGCUUGUGGAGCGCAUUGUCCGUCUGCAGAAAUCACUGGCUCGCAAGCAGGAAAAAAUUGAGUUCAUGGAAGAUCACAUCAAGCAGCUGGUGGAAGAGAUCCGCAGAAAGACCAAAAUUAUCCAGAGCUAUGUGCUAAGAGAGGAGACAGGGGCCCUGUCAUCGGAAGCCUCGGAUAUUAACAAGGCCAACCUGGGCCGGAGGGGGGGCAUCAUGGCUUCGCUGUACACCUCCCACCCUGCGGACAGCGGGCUGACCCUGGAUCUGUCGCUGGAGAUCAACAGAAAGCUGCAGGCGGUGUUGGAGGACACACUGCUGAAGAACAUAACUCUGAAGGAGAAUCUACAGACACUUGGGGCCGAGAUCGAGAAGCUCAUAAAACAGCAGCGAGAUCCUGGCGACGGAGAGAGGAGGAAGUGACGCGACCACGUCUCGAGGAAAGAGAAAACAAACGACUAAUCUCCAACACAGCAUUUUUUUUUUGAAGGGACAGCGACAUUUGAGCAUUUGAGACAUAAACUCUCUCAUUCCCUCAACGUAUGAAGGAGCAAAUUGAAUGUGGUGAAGUGCCAGUAGCACCCCCAGGUUGCUUUUCGGAGAACCUCUGGGUUUUUUGACUUUUUUUUUUGUCCUGUCUUGUGGAACAUAUCUGAACUUACUUGAAUUCUUCCAUCUACAUGGUUCCAUCCCCCCAUUUCCUCCUAUAAUACAACAAAUCUUCCUCUGGCGGCCGUCCCUCUCCCCUGAGCUGUGCCAAGACCAAACUAUUCAGGCCAGUUCCAGCUCCGACUGCCUUGAAAAAUGAAUCGACCCAAGAUGCCAUAAUCAUGAAUGUAAAACAAAAUCUAGCUGGGAUAUAGUCGCACAACAUUAAACACAGAUUUGCCGGUGGACCUAUCAUAAAACCGAAUUUGUUCCCAGUUAGAUUUCUCUCAUCACAGCUCUGUCCACACUAAGCAACCUCACAUGAGACGAUCAUCGGCCAGUAUCCGCUCUUCACUUCUCUCCUGAUGUCCGUCUGCCACUAAGCCAAAUGUAUUUAUGAGAGGUUGCUUCUCCAGCUUCACCACGCAGCUGCAGUGAAGAGGGAAACACAUCCCUCCCGGCUCCUGGGACCUUGUAUGCCAUCGUUUCUCAUCAUUUUCUGCUCUGCACAGCACUUAUUACCCAAGCUGGCCCGGCAAGGUGCCUCACGUCAGCGGACUCGCUCGUGUGCGUGACACCGGUGCUCGAUCCAAGGAAGGAGACUGUGUAGAGGAGUACUACUCUCACGCAGGACUCGAGCGUAAACACCGCUCAGUCACUUAGAAUGGAGCGACUUGGUGCCUCUUGGAACUGCAUUGUGGAUCAAUCGCAGUAGAAGUUAACAAGAGUUUAUUUUUUUCCUGAGUCAGCGCAGGCACCAGCCAAUCAAAGCGUUUGAAACCCAUAGACUGUAAAUAAAGAUGGACGACGUGUCUAUUUCCUUCCACGCCUCACGUGAAGCGAGAAAACAUGUUUUUUAUAGCAUCAAAUAAAUAAUUAAAACCAAUUAAAACUUGAACAUACAUUUGUGUCAUAAGAACUAAGCUAAAUUGACAGAAAAAGACUUUGAGUUUUCAGUUUGGUCCAUGUCCCGUCCACUAACACGGAGGAGGCAAGAAUCUUACCCUUGUUGAGGGGUCAUGUCGUCGGUCUUUAUAUACAGACUAUGGUCCCAAGCAUGAAACUGUGAUUGUUGUGAUGUUUGCGCCGAGCGUGUGAGUCCUGCAUUUAAAUUGUGUAAAAUUUGAAGAUUAUACGACAAAUGUAAAAUCACGCCACGGUUGAAGUCUGGCCAUUCUUGAAUGUGAUUCAUUUUUUUCUAAUUUAUUUCCAGUCCAAAUGAAAUUGUAUUUCCAGUUGUCUGAUCGGUUUUCAAUUUGACUUUUUUUUUUUUUUUAUCAUCAACUCAAAUAACUUAUUUAUAGAAUUUCUGGAGGAAUAUCUAAAACAUUUUCACUUUUCUCUCACUUUAAUCUGCUCUGAUAAAAUGUUCCUGUCGCAGGCGUCAUUAGUGUCAACUCAUAUAUUUUUUUCUGCAGCAUGUGCAGAAUAUGAUCUUGUUGGGGGAGGGGGGGAGGAGCAGAAGAAAUGUUAUAUUCCUUUCCGUCGCCUCUUUUUAUUUUUCUCUCUCGUGUCACUGAGUGCGUUGAAGUAAAUCAAGUGGAGAAGAAACGGGGGUGGAACCCGGGAACUCAAGCUGUAGCUCAGGAACGUUUAUGGAACCUAUAGAAAUAUAACCAGGGACAAAGUGCAAUGCUGUUCCUUCCAUUGAUUCCUCUCCUUGUUGUUCUGAAUGUGUUGGUGUGGCAGUUCCCUGUUUGUGUGUCUGUUGCUUGUGUAUUGGCAGCAUGCGACUGUGCUGGUGUUUGAAUGUUAACGUGUCCCAACUGUCUGUUAGUGUGUGUGUGUGUGUGUUCACCCCUUGUGUACAUGUCUCAGCCCUCAGGCCUUGUAGGCUUGCACCACACCGUCCUUCCACCGGGGGAAACACUCCCUCCUCAUUUUGCAUCUGGGCCACAGGAACUCUCCCCUGCAGCUCGGCAGCUCCACAUAAAACAAUUCUUCUGUUUCACAUUCACAGUCGUGAAGUUUCUUGCGCAGACGCAGAGCAGAAAAGGUUCGGGGCUCCGGCACCUUGCACCUUGUACCAACCCACGAUGGUAAAGUUUCCCUGGUUCUUGAUUUGAUCUGGUCGCUGUCACAGAUGAUGAGCCUCCUCUCUCUCACCCCGAUCAGAACGGCGGCUUUUAUAGGCUGUGAAUGCUUACAGGCCGAUCCCAACCCUCACACCCCGAGGCUAAUUUAAAAUGUCCCAGUAUGCGAAUAGAGAUGAAGGUUUCCAGGAUUGAGGUCACGGAGUCCUUAAAAACCUCCCCGGUGCUGCAGUGGGCGCUCGGGGUUUGAUGUGCAUCUGCUUUUAUUUCAUCCUGUUGGAUUGUUCUCGGUAUGUAAACGUACAGACGGCAAAACCCUGAGAUAACAUCUUGAUUCUCCCCUUGAUAUCGACGCUCUGCAACCUUUGGCCCAGAGAGAGAACAACAAAACCAAAUCUAACUUACAGUGUCAGAGUUUCUUGUGACUUUAUAACAUCACGUGAGGUUUCUUUCUCUAUUGUGUCGCUUGAUUACUUUGAAAACAAACUUAUCUGGAUGUUAAUGUGCAUCUGAAGCAGUGCGACUGAGCUGUGCGACUGAGCUGCCUGCUGCACGGGGGGGUGGAGAUCACAGCAGUUUGUUUCUUUUCCUGUUUCUGGUGCAGAACCUAUGCAAAACACCCACAUGGGAUUCCUUAAUUCUUUCCUCCUAAUUCUCUGAGGUACGCUAAUGCGCUUCUCCUGCUUUAGUCUCAGUGUGACACCUGUGUUUCCCACAGCCUCGAAAACAAAGCCGCACGCCGCAGCACUGUACAGACGAAUGAAUUCAAACUCAACCAUGUGGAUAUGAAGAGUGUGAGAGUCGAAAUGUGACGUUAAAUGAGAAGUUUGUCCUUUUUCCUUUCUCUGUUUUCUUCCUCCUGUGCAAUGAUUUCCUUUCUUCGCUCUUUUGUCUUUUGUGGAAGUUUCAAACUGUGAUUAUAUACAUUUGUAGAUAUGUCAUAAUGUAAAAUUAUCAUGAGAUCUUUUUAAAAAACACUUGAUUCUGGAUUAUGUUUGUAUAUAUCUAUGGUGUUUCCAGGGAAUAAAAGGAGAGAACUUGAAUGUU